GGCGGUCAGCAGGGGGCGCCAGGGUCCUUGAAUUCAUGCCCCCGUGAUCCAGGCCAGUCCUUGCAGCCAGGCUGGUUCUGUUGGGAAGUGGAGGGUGGGCCCGGGGCUGGUGGUCUGAGCACAUAGCGAGGCCUGGCCCGGGGUAGAGGGGGCGGCACCUCUGCCUGACAGAUGGGCUUCCGGGGCCAGCAGGGACACUGCUGGCCCAGCACCCUCUGUGUGGGGAGGGCCGGGAGGCCCCAGGGAGGAAAGCAGCCUGGACCAGAGGGGUUGUGACACUGGGUGGGCCUGUGGGCCCAGGGGUCUUGAGAAGGAAGGGAGGUGAGGCUCUCUGCAGUGAGCAGCUGCCCACAACUGGUGGCGCACCCCAUGCCCUCCCCGCAAGCCCGGGAAGAUCCCCAUCCUGGGCAGCCGGGGACAAGGGAGGCCAGAGCCCAGACCUGCCCUUGAGGAGCUUCUGUAUGUCAGGGAGUGGACGACAGAGUGUAAGUGCAUGUGGCCGUCACGGUGUGAAGGGUGGCGUGGGCCUUGGGAGAGGGCAGCUUGAGCCCAGGGCUGACGUGUCAGCAAGGGCCUGAGGGGGGCACGGACACACCCGGGCAGAGCUGGUGCUCCAGGCUGUGGACCCAUGCAAAGGCCCUGGGGCAGGACUGUGCCUGGUGAGCUGGAGGAACAGCCAGGAGGCCCCUGUGUCUGGAGCAGAGUGAGCGAGGGGGAGAGAGGGAGGAGGGGAGGGCAGGGAGGAGACAGGGCAGGUCGUGCAGGGCCUUGGGGAGGACUUGGGCUGUUACCCCAGGAAGGAGGGCGGGACCCUGGAGGGCUGUGGGCAGAGAGGGGAAGGGCCACCCUUCCCCUUGGUGUGGAGACCUGGAAACAGGUGGGCAGGGGUGCAGCGACCAGGGAGGACGCCCUGCCCGGGCAGGCAAUGACAGGACUGCGGCCACAAGCAGGUGGAAAUGGUGAAAGGCAGGCAGGUUCUGGAUUUCUUGUGAAUGUUUUAACGUGUAGUAAAAUGUGUGUAACGUUUUAAGGUGUAGAAUCCUGUGGGUUUUAGUAUAUUUACUAUGUUGUGCUGGCUACCACCAUCUAAUUCCAGAACAUUCCAUCACCCCCAAAAGAAGCCCCAUCCCCAUUAUCAGUCACCCCCAUCCCCUCCCAGCCCCUGACAACCAUGAAUCCACCCUCUGUGUCUGUGGAUUUGCCUGUUCUGGACGUUUCCCAUCAAUGGAAUCACACUUUUGUGUCCGGCUUCUCUCACUGAGCUUCGUGUUCUCCAGGUUGUGUCAGCGCGUCACCCCUUUCCGUGGCUAACGUUCCAGUGUGUGGAGGGACCCUGUGUUGGGUUUCUGUCCUGCAGUUGGUGGGCAUUUGGGUUGCUUCCGCUCUUUGGCUGUUGUGGAUCGUGCCACUGUGAACACGUGUGUGCAGAUUCUCGCGCUGGACGUAUUUUGGAAACAGAUGGAGGACUGGACGGGGGUGGGGUGAGAAGGGAGGACCUGGGGGCUGCAGGGCUGCUGGCCUGAGCACCUGGAAGGGUAGGGCUGAGGUUGUGGAAAGGAAAUUCAGAAGCUUCGUUGGGUUUGGAGGCCCCCAUGCGGCUGUGUUGGGGGGCAGAGAAGAGGUGGGAGGGCUGAGCCCCAGGUCGGCCCUACCCAGAUGAGCGCCCGCCUCCUUCUCCAGCCUCUGCUCUCCCGGCUCGGCCCCUCAGCUGGGGGAGAGGCAGUGGCCUGGAUGGUGGCCAGCAGACCCAGCUGUUGCCAGGACUCCGGGCUGCCUUUGUAGCUGUCAACAAUGGCCCCGCAGGCCUUGGAGGCAGGAGCCCCCGGGCACCCAGAGGCAGACAUGCAGACCCUGAGGCAGGAGGCUGCCCGGCCCUACGUCCCCCGGGGGACCCUGGAAGUGAACCUCCCGGCAUCUCUCUACAGCAAUGACUACCUGUCCCAGGAGGGGCCCUGCCAGACACCGGCCAUCAAGCAGGAGAUGCGCUGGAAGUACACACCCAUGGGACGCGACGCGGCCGGCCAGCUGUGGUACACGGGCCUGACCAACUCGGACUCUCGAGAAGCCUGGAACAUGCUCCCUCGGGCUCUGGACAGCCCACACUUCGAGGCUUAUGCCCGCAGGCACGGAUGCCACAGCCCCCCCCCCCGCCCCGGGAGCGCAGCAUGCCCAGCAUGCCCUCGGCCUACACCCAGCGUCUCCGGGAGACCGCCUGGUACGACCCCAUCAUCCCUGCGCAGUACAGGGGCCCCCGCACACAGUACGGGAGCAUGCUAUGGAAAGACAGACCCAACCGGGACGAGGAGUACGGUGAGCUUGGGCCAGGGGCAGGCGACCCAGGGGCUGGGGGCCAGGAGGCGGGGCCAGCCAGUGACCCGGGUCCUGGCCCCCCAGUGAUCCACAGACACCAAUUCGGGGUCAAGCCGCUGUGGCAGGCGUCUGACUACGGGCCAUACCUGUCGGCGCCCCAGCGCCCACGCUACACCACCCAGAACUACCGGCAGUGGGACCUGGAACCCUGCUGCCCCUCCACCAACCAGCAGCCCCGGCUCGUCUACAUGCCCAGUCACCGAUAAAGAUCUCGUGCUGCCCGGUGUGGCUCUUCAGGGACCC